AUGUUCGGCGUCACCCACGUCUGGAUCUCCUCAGAGAAAAUUGCUCACGACCUCCUGUCCCGACGAGCAAACAUCUACUCUGACCGGCCACAGAUUCCCAACUUGCCUGAUAACCGGACAAGCGGUGAUUACCUGGCUCUUCUUGGGCGGAAUGACACCUGGAAACGCCAACGCAAACUCUGCAACCACCUAAUGCACACCUCGGCCCUCGCCUCCCUUCACGACUACCCCACCCUCGAGCGCAACCGCUUCCUGUACUUGCUGUCCCAAUCCCCCGAGGACUACAUCGAGUACAUCGAGCAAUUCACCUCGCGCACCAUCUCCCGUUUAUCAUGGGGCAGUGCCCACCCGGCCCAAAUCCUGCGGCACACCACUUUUGGUCUGCUCGAAACCAUCUCCCCCUCGGGCGCCCUGCCCAACAAAAAGGAGAAGGCCCGCCAUGACUUGGAAGACAAACAGUUCCGCUCCAACAUUGGUUUUGUCAGAAGGAUGAUGGACGUCGGCCGCGCCGAGCCUUCUUUCAUCCGCACUUUUCUCGAGGAGCAGCAAGGAGGCGGCGUCAGUUCUUCUAAGAAAUCCAGCGCAAGUGACACUGACGAGGAAAAAGCCAAGGAGGCGGAUGUGGAUGAGGCGAUGCAUGUGGUUGGCUUGAUGGCUAUUGCUGGUGCUCUGACGAUUGGAAGCCCGAUUCAGAGUUAUAUAUUGGCCAUGUGCCAUUAUCCGGAGUGGCAGGCCAGGUUGCAGGAGGAGAUUGAUACCAAGUUGGCGGGGAGGUGUCCGAUGUGGGAGGAUCGGGAGAAAUUGCCGUUGUUGAGGGCGGUGGUUAAGGAGGUUAUUAGGUGGAGGCCGCCGGUGCCUACUGGGAUUCCGCAUGCCAUUGAGAAAGAUGAUGUCUAUGAUGGGUAUUUCAUCCCCGCCGGAGCUACCAUCCACGCUCUUGAGUGGGCCAUAACCCGCGACGAAAGCACCUACCCCUCCGCAGAAACCUUCAACCCCUCCCGCUUCCUCCUCCCCUCCUACCCAUCCACCUACCGCGAACCCCUCACCCUCUACCCCAACCUCUCCGGCUUCUCCCAAUUCGGCUUCGGCCGACGCACCUGCCAAGGCGUGCCCAUCGUCGAGCAGGAUCUCUUCUUAACCAUGGGCGGUAUGGCGUGGGCCUUCACCAUCACCAAAAAGACCGACCCGCUGACUGGAAGCGAAUUACCGGUGCACUGGAACGAUUACACGCCCCUUUUGAUUGCUAAACCCUGUCGCUUUCCCUUUGAUGCGCAUCCGAGGGACGAGGGGAAACUGAAGAAGAUGAGGGAGAUGUAUGAUGAGGCGGUAGAGGGCGAGGAGAUGGAGCGGAGCGAGAGUAGGGAGGAGAGGGAAAGGACGGAGGGGUGGAUGGUGGAGGGGAAAGUGAGGCAGAAGGAGGAGGAGAUUCCUUGGCAGUCGGCUGUGGAGGGGGUUGGGGCUGGUGGUCAAGGUCCUCAACCCCAAGGCCCUCGACAGGAAGAAAAAAGCGUGGUGGGUAACGGAGAGGCAGGCGAGGAUGAGAAUCAUGAGACCAAGAGUACAUCUACCUCCAGUCGUACCUCUAGUCGUUUGGGCUCAAGGGGUCAUGAGAGUGGAAGUGGAAGUGUCACCGGAACACCAAGUGCAAGUUGGGGAUCCGAACCUUCCCUAAGUUUCAGGGGAAGCAGUGCCGAGAGCUCAGAUUGUGAGGAGCGGCUGGAGGCUUUAGGCAUUCACAGGCAAACAGAGGAGGAAGUUGAAGAAGGGGUAAAAAGGAGGAGAGUGCGCAUCAAGGCGGUGUCGAAUGCGAGUUCGACGAUUGAGGCUUUGAUGGUGCCGACGACACCAUCUGAAAAGGGAGUGGUGCAAUUGGGUGUGGGUGUGGGAGUUGGUGUGGACGGUGUGGUGGAUGAGAUUGUACCGGGGGCUUGGAGGUGGUGA